AUGUCGCGCGUCGAAGAACUUCCAGAUGACUUUGAUGAGUCGCUCAACCUCAACAAGGCGCCUCCUGAGGUUACCCAGGGCGUACCCGUGCCCGGGUUUGACGCCUUCGCUGCAAACGAAACUCCCUUCCCGAUCAACGAGGAAGCACUGAAGGCGCGCAAUACCGAUCCCAAUGCACCAGAACUUCCGCCGGCUAUUGCAGCCAUUCAGUCGCAUUCGUCAGAGGAGUUGAUGGCAAUGAUGAAUAAGACGCCUCUGUUCAUGACCGAUAUUGACAAAGCGGGUGACGAGAAGGGUGAAAACGUGCUCUUGGAUGCUCUUCAGGCUCUACAAAACGAAGGUACCAGGGGGGAGGUUGCGAAUAGCUUCAAAGGACAAGGAAAUGAAGCUGUGCAGGGACUCAAGUGGAUUGACGCCAAAGAGUUCUACACAAAGGCUCUUGCUGUCAUUAAUGCCAAGGAGGAUAAGUGGGAAGCGCCCGAAGAUCCCGAGGAAGAGGCGGCGCUGUUGCGCAAGUUGGAAGAGGCGUCGUAUAUCAACCGGGCAUUGUGCAACUUGGAAUUAGGAAACUACCGUUCCUGUACCCUCGAUUGCGCUUCCACCCUCAAGUUAAACCCCAAAAACGUGAAGGCCUUCUAUCGCUCCUCCUUGGCACUCCUCAAGUUGGACAAAGUGGCCGAGGCGGAAGAUUCUGCAGCCCGAGGAUUGGCAAUUGACCCAGAAAGUAAAGCUCUUCUAGAAUCUGCCAAAAAGAUUGCCGAGCGCAAGGCCCUAUUGGAGCGUGCUGCCGCGAGGAAGAAGGCCGAAGAAGAAAGGGUGCGCAAGCAGAAUAUGGUUCUCAGCGCAGCUCUGCGCGCCCGUCAGAUCAGAACUCGCAAAACCGCUCAACCUCCUGAUAUAGAAGAUGCCGGGAUCCGCCUCGUCCCUGAUCCCCUUUCACCCGAGAGCACAAUCGAGUUCCCGGUCGUUUUCCUUUACCCCAUGGACGCCCAGUCAGACUUUGUCAAGGCAUUUUCUGAGAUGAACGCUAUCGAGGACCACCUGAGUUACAUCUUCCCCCUUCCUUGGGACAAGAAGAAGGAGUACACCGUCGAAGGUGUUGAAUGCUUCAUGCAGACUGUCUCCGGUGGUUUGAUCAAGGCUGGCAAGAAGCUGCCUUUAUUGCAGAUUCUCUCUGGUGGCAAGGUCGAGGUUGUGGAUGAGCUUGUCACCAUCCACGUCGUGCCUAUCUCCAAGACCGGGAAAUACAUUGCAGAGAUGAAGGCUCGGAAGACUGGCUGA